AUGCUACUUUUUAUGCUCCCCGCUGGCUCCAACGCACAUGACCCGGCGAGGCUAGACAAGCAAUGGCCGCAGAUCAAGCGCGAGGCGGCGAGGCUCGAGCAGGCGAGCGCGGAGAUGUGUCAGGGCGCGCUGGCGGAGAUCGCCGCUGUCGGUGGGGACCCAGCAAUUCUGGACCCGAAUGCCGUGCCGGAGGGCCUAUCCGGGCUGCAACGCCACACGCAGAGGAUCGAGGUGUCGCUGCGGACGUGGGAGGCGGCGUAUAAGCGCCUAAAAAGGACGCGCACGAGAUCGAGCUGGAGCUGGAGCUGA